UAUGUCCCAGCAACUACCUAGCAGCCAACUAUCGAACAUUCCCUGGCGCAAGAGCGAUGUGUGGUACCCCACAAACGACAUCUACGUGGAUGUGGUGGAGGAGGUGGAUUGCACCCUCGCUCGAAAUGGCAAUCCAAUUGGAAUUGAAAUCAGAGGUCGAGUCCAAUGCAACUCUCAGCUGUCUGGUGUUCCUGAUCUGAUCAUGUCCUUCAACCACCCGCGCAUGUUGACAGAUGUGUCGUUGCACCCGUGUGUGCGCAUUCGUAAAUGGCAGCAGGUGGGUCACACAGUGGGACAAGCCCGUGGGUGUUUGGAUGUACAUGUAUUGAAGAUAUAG